AUGCGUAUCGGUCUGUUGAUCCUCUAUAGCUUCGGAUUUUUACACUUGACUUUAGCCCAAGUGGAAUCCAAUCACACGAAGCUAAAUCAUGUGGUGGAGCGGGUUUUUUCGCGUCGAAAGCGAUUUGUUUUGUUCCCACCUGGUUCCAAUUUAAAGUUUACUGGACAGCUGAGUAAAGGUUUAAUCUCAGCUUAUCCCAGGGGAGUGGCUAUGAACAUUGAGCAGGCUUGUUACUAUCCUGUUCCCUCAAAACGCGAGGAUGUCUAUCCAAAACGGUAUCGCCAAAGAACUACGACCACGGAGAAACCAAAAACCACGACGGAACCCACUUUCGUUUGGAUUCCGGGAACCAACUGGAGAUUUAAGGCAACUCCCCUCAAGAAGCCAACGCCCAUUAAACUUCACCAAAGGAUCGAUUUGAGACCUCAGAAACCUUCGUAUGUGGAUCCCCACAAAUGGGCACAGUGGUCCAAAUACGGAAAUAGAUACGAAAACUGGUCGCCAGCAAAUCACAACUAUGAAAAGUACAGCCAACCUGGAAAAUGGAGCAAGUGGACCACUCAAUCCCCCAAAUGGUCAAAACGUUGGUACAGAUCUGCAGAUGGGGAGUACUACGAUCCCGAGGUGGAACCCUACGAAGAUGUGAGGUCGCAGCCUUUUGAUGAUCCCUACGAUCCUGAUUUGUUACCACAUGAAGUAUCUCACUAUCCAGAACUUGCGCACAUCAAUGACAUGCGACAUUACAAUGGUCAUCGAGAUCGCAGGCAGCUUUUUGAACACUUUGAAGGAUUCAGUAAGCUUCUGGGAAUCGAUGCUAAAGCUUGUGUACUGAGAGCCAUUUGUGAUAGUAAGCGAUUACUUUUGCCUCGUGGUUAUUCCAUGAUUCAUGAUAUUGUGCGACUGGUUUUUACAUUACCCACCGUUUCCGGCGUGGAGGAUGACUACUCGCGGAUCAUGCACAUGGAUGCGGAUGACUGCGACCGUCAGUUUCGGGACUCCUGCAAGCUGAACAUUCUCGCCUGGUUAAUGGGCGGCAAGUGGAAUUGAAUAAAGGCAAACUCGAACGGACUUGGGAGGGGGGUUUCUCUUUAUUGUCUCUAC